CUUUCUUAUUCUCUUUCGGGUGCUGUCUCGGUGGUUAAGUCGAGUCGCCUCACCUUCCGUGUCCGACCCCGGCUGUGAAACGCCAAGGCGGCUGGUGGUCCUGUGACUUUGGCGCUAGCGGUGGCUGGAUACGCUGCGUCAUGUCGGCCCUCAUGAUUGCCUUGACAACCCGCUCAACCCUCUCGCCCUCCCCAUCAACCUCGCCCUUCACUUGCACCUUCCAUCUCAUCUCUCAUCUCUCAUCUUGAUCAUCUCUCCUGAAUCUCAUUUGUUUUCUCUGAUUUUACUUGAUAUUCCCUCUAGCGCGCACUAUCAUCAGCUUAUCGCAAGCGCUUGAGCUCCGGAAGCUCCGCUAGGUCGCUUGUUGACAAAGCCGCCAUGAAGGUCGCUACUUCAGCUCUGCUCAUCGGAGCAGCAUCUGCAGCCAUUGCUCCGCAGCAGCAAAUCUUUAAGCUCCCUGAGCAGCACAAGGAGAUCAACUCCGAGUCGUGGACAAAGCCGCUGCAGAAUUUGGAAGAGUCAUUGAAGUCGCUCACCGGCGAAGCUCGUCGCAUCUGGGAUGAAGUCGCUCUUAUGUUCCCCGAAUCCUUGGAGAAGGCUUUCUUCUUCUCCACCCCGAAGAAGCAUACACGAAAAGGCGACCACGAGUGGGAUCACAUCGUCAAGGGCGCUGAGGUGCAGAGUGUCUGGGUCGAGAAUGCCAAGGGCGAGAAGGAGCGGGAGAUUGAUGGCAAGCUCGAGAACUACAACCUCAGGGUGAAGAGUGUUGACCCGAGCUCGCUCGGCGUCGACAAGGUUAAGCAGUACUCCGGCUAUCUCGAUGACGAGGAGGAGGAUAAGCAUCUCUUCUACUGGUUCUUCGAGUCGCGCAAUGACCCCAAGAAUGACCCUGUGGUUCUCUGGCUCAAUGGUGGCCCGGGAUGCUCCUCCCUCAUGGGCUUGUUCAUGGAACUUGGCCCCUCGUCCGUCACCAAGUCCGGCAAGGUCAAGUACAACGACUUCUCAUGGAAUGCCAAUGCAUCCGUCAUCUUCCUUGACCAGCCCGUCAACGUCGGAUAUUCCUAUAGCGGCGGCUCUGUGAGCAACACGGUCGCGGCUGGCAAGGAUGUCUAUGCUCUUCUCACCCUCUUCUUCAAGCAAUUCCCUGAGUACGCCGAGCAGAGCUUCCACAUCUCUGGCGAGUCGUAUGCUGGACACUACAUUCCCGUAUUUGCCUCUGAAAUCCUAUCCCACAAGAAGCGUAACAUCAACCUCCAGUCCGUCCUCAUCGGUAACGGUCUCACCGAUGGACUGACCCAAUACGAAUACUACAAGCCUAUGGCCUGUGGAGAGGGAGGCUGGCCCGCGGUUCUAGAUGAGAGCACCUGCCAAUCUAUGGAGAAUGCAUACCCCCGCUGUGCCAACCUCAUCGAGAACUGCUACAACUCUGAGUCGGUCUGGACUUGUGUCCCUGCCUCCAUUUACUGCAACAAUGCCAUGAUCGGCCCGUACCAGCGCACCGGACAGAACGUCUAUGAUGUCCGACGUCCCUGCGGCAACAACGAUCUCUGCUAUGAUGAGAUUGACUGGAUCAGCUCAUAUCUCAACAACAAGGAAGUCAUGAAAGCUGUUGGUGCUGAAGUCGACUCGUAUGACAGCUGUAACUUCGACAUCAACCGUAACUUCCUGCUCCAGGGCGAUUGGAUGAAGCCAUACCAUCACGUCGUCCCUGGCCUCCUUGAGCAAAUCCCUGUUCUCGUCUAUGCAGGUGACGCCGACUACAUCUGCAAUUGGCUUGGCAACAAGGCUUGGACUGAGGCUCUCGAGUGGCCUGGCCAGAAGAACUAUGCUAAGGCCGAGAUGGAGGACCUUCUUCUUGGCGGAAACGGUGACAAGAUUGGCCAGGUCAAGAGCAGUGGAAACUUCACCUUCAUGAGACUGCAUGCAGGUGGCCAUAUGGUUCCGUAUGACCAGCCCGCGGCGUCGGCUGAUAUGUUGAACAGGUGGUUGGCUGGAGAAUGGUGGGUGUGAGCUCAUGUGAAUCGGCGUUGCUGUGAGAGGGAGGUUAGGAUGAGCUAGUUGUUGUGAUGUGAUAUUAGUGAGACUGUCAUGUACGGUUACAAGCCAGCAAGUGAUGUUUCGGUUGGAUGGGACGCAUUGUAUAAUAGCAGACUGCACCCUAUUCUUAAGGACUAGAUAUGGAAUGGGCACCUGUCACAGAAAGUAAACUCUGAUGACUCC